GCUUCAUGUUCUUCUGCUGGAGCCUGAGAAAAAUCUCUCAACAAACGCCACUUGUUUCAGUCCAGAUGUUUGAACUAACACUCUAUCAGAAGAGCAGUAGAACGUUCCUGAUGUCAGAUGGAAACGAAUACAAUCAAGGCAACUACUCAGAGAAUGUCCAUGCUAUUGCUCCGUGUUUGCCAUAGAUGAAGGUUUCAGCAUUACAGGAUGGCAUGCGAGAAGAAACCCGUCAGUAGUUUUACCGUCAGGUUGGGGUUGGCGCUUCUUGCAGGAUGCGUUCUUGUGGCGAUGAUAUCACUUGCCGCAAUGUUCCGGCAUGACGCGGUUCCUCUGCAGACAUUGAGCUUGUUGUUCUCAGUAGGUCCGGUUUCUUCAGUGAUGUGGGGAGAGGAAAGAUUAGGCUCUCAUCGUUUCGGCAGAAACAGAGUGCCGGUGCUGUGCGACUUUUCGAGCUCGAGGUCCGACGUGUGCGAGCUGAGAGGCGACGUCCGCGUCCUCCCCAACGCUACGAUCGUCCUCCACCAUCCGUUGGCGAGGCGCCAGUCAUGGAGGAUGAAGCCGCACGGCAGGAAGAACGACCGGCACGCGCUCGCCCGCGUCACUGAGGUGACGGUGACUGUGGCGACGGCGUCGGCGUCGCCGCACCACACCUCCGGCGCCGCCGCCGCUGCUGCUCCCCGAUGCACGGCCAACCACACCGCCCCCGCGGUCGUCUUCUCCGUCGGAGGCUACGCGGGGAACAUGUUCCACGACCUGACCGACGUCCUCGUCCCGCUGUUCAUCACCGCGCGCCGGUUCGGCGGCGACGUGCACCUCCUCGUCGGCGACGCCCAGCCGUGGUGGCUGGACAAGUUCCGGCCGCUGCUCGGCGGGCUCUCCCGGCACGCGGUGGUGGACAUGAGCAGGGGGAGCAGCAGCGGGGGCGUGCUCUGCUACCCGCACGUGAUCCUAGGCCUCGAGUUCCACAAGGAGAUGAGCGUGGACGCCGCGAGGACCGCCGGCGGCGGCGAGUACUCCAUGGCCGACUUCACGCUGCUCGCCCGGCGAUCCUACGGCCUGCCUCGGGACAAGGCCAUCCGUGUCCACGGCCGCGGCGGCGGCGGCGUCCGGCCCAGGCUGCUGCUCAUCUCCCGGAAGUCGACGCGGGCGUUCACCAACGCCGGCUCCAUCGCGCGGGCCGCCGCCUCGCUCGGGUACGAGGUGGUGGUGGGCGAGCCGGCGCGGCACGCGGACCUGGCGUCGUUCGCGCGGGUGGUGAACUCGUGCGACGUGCUGGUGGGCGUGCACGGCGCCGGGCUGGCGAACCUGGUGUUCCUCCCCGCGGGGGCCGUGGUGGUGCAGGUGGUGCCGCUGGGCGGGCUGGACGCCAUGGCCGCGGACGACUUCGGCGCGCCCGCGCGCGACGCGGGGCUCCGCUACGUGCACUACGGCAUCGCCGAGGCGGAGAGCACGCUGGCGACGCGGUACCCGCGCGACCACCGCGUGCUGAGGGACCCCGCGGCGGUGCGGAGCGAAGGCUGGAUGGCGCUGCGGGCCGCGUACCUGGUGGGCCAGAACGUGACGAUCGACGUCCGCCGCUUCAGUGGCGCCUUGCGCCGCGCUAUGGAGCUCCUGCGCCAGACCCACGACCACGAGUGACUGGACGGCCCAUGUUUGACUCUGUUUAUGACGGCCCAAGACAUCGAGGGUAUUGAGCAGCCUCGUGUCAAGAACUACGGCGGCUUAGUAAGCCCAAUAUGCUGUGCUCGUGUAUUGCUGCUGUCUAGUAGAGUAAUCAGGCUUAUCUGGUCGGCUGGUCCGGUACCUCGGUACCCAAUUAGAAUUCGUUUGUCUUUUUUAUCAUGUUUAACUGGCUCGUUCUAUUC